AUGGGUCUGCUGCUGCCUUUGCUUCUGUGUUUUCUUGCCUGUAUUUUUGGUGGAUUGUACAUUCUGGGGGUUUUUAGACAAAGACGUCCAGGAGAGCCUCCCCUAGAUAAAGGUUGGAUGCCUUGGCUGGGUCAUGUCCUGGAGUUCCGGAGGGACACUGCCAAAUUUAUACAGAGAAUGAGGCAAAAACAUGGUGAUGUUUUUACAAUACAGCUUUGUGGCUUUUAUGUGACCUUUCUUCAAGACCCUUUGUCAUUUGGAGCAUUUGUGAAAGAAAGCAGAGAAAAACUGAACUUUAAUGCAUUUGCUAAACAGUUAGUUUUCAGAGUGUUUGGCUAUAAGGCUUCUGAUAAUGAUCGCACAAUUAAUGACAUAAAUAGUCAGAAGCACCUCAAAGGUCACGGACUGCAGAUGAUGACAGAAUCUAUGAUGAGUAAUUUGCAGAAUCUCAUGCUGCACAAUCUUGGCUCUGCUGCAAACCAAAAAACCUGGACAGAAGAUGGACUUUUUAAUUAUUGCUACAACAUUUUGUUUAGAGCUGGUUACCUGUCUCUGUACGGAAACGCAACAUCAGAGACCGAAGGAGAUAAUGAGAAAGCCAAGGCUAAAGACAGAAUUGAAUCGGAAGCCUUGUUUAAUGAAUUUCGUAAAUAUGACCAGCUUUUUCCUAAUUUAGCUUAUGGUGUCCUACCCCCAAGUGGAAGAAAAGAGGCUUUCAGAUUGAUGCAUUACUUUUGGGACGCUCUAUCCGUUAAAAAAAUGAGAAGCAAAGACAACAUUAGUGGCUGGAUACGGGACACUUACAGUCUGCGUAGGGAGGAAGGUAUGACAGAUUCAAUGAUAGACAGAUACAUGUUUACACUACUUUGGGCAUCUCAGGGCAACACUGGGCCUUCAUCAUUUUGGCUUCUUCUCUACCUUAUGAAGGACCCAGUUGCAAUGGAGGCUUUGAGGAAAGAAGUAGAUAAAGUUCUUAAGGAGUCUGGGCAGGAGGUCCGACCUGGUGGCCCUCCAGUCGACCUAACCUACGAAAUGCUCACAAAAACCCCAGUUCUAGACAGUGCUGUUGAAGAAACUCUUCGUCUUGUUGCAGCACCAAUGCUCACCAGAGCUAUCCUUCAAGAUAUGACCCUGAAAAUGGCUGAUGGUCGUGAGUUUUUACUCCGCAAAGGAGACCGCAUGUCUGUUUUUCCAUAUGUUUCUGUUCACGUUGACCCUGAAAUCCACCCUGACCCAUACACCUUCAAGUAUGACCGGUUCCUCACUCCAGAAGGUACCAAGAAAACAGAUUUCUACAGAGGGGGAAAGAGGGUCAAGUACUACAGCAUGCCUUGGGGGUCUGGGGUGUCCAUGUGCCCUGGUCGCUUCUUUGCCACCAAUGAGCUCAAGCAGUUUAUUUUUCUCAUGCUGGUCUACUUUGACAUUGAGCUGAUCAAUCCAGAUGAGAAGAUACCACAAAUCGAUCACAGGCGGUGGGGAUUUGGAAGCAUGCAACCAGACAGAGAAGUCAAGUUUCGUUACAGGCUUAGGUACUAAAUGCUGCAUAUAUUUCUCAUAUUUUUUCAGUAGGGGUUGAUUUACAUAAAGUAUUGUCUAAUAGUAGUUUAAGACAAUUGUUAACAGCAACACAUUUGUACAAAGUACACA